CCAUCUCUGCGCCAUGCAUUAUUGUGAAACAUAGGCAAAUUUUUUGCGCAAAUUUCGUUUGUAAACUCAAUUCAAUGUGAUUGGUUUGUUAUUGUUAAACAUUUAACAUGCGCUGCUACUACGAGGAGCUGGGCGUGGCCCGUGACUCCAAUGAGGCUGACAUUAAGACCGCCUACCGAAAACUGGCAUUGCGCUGGCAUCCAGACAAAAAUCCAGACAGCCUGGCGGAGGCGAAGGAACGCUUUCAGCUUAUCCAACAGGCCUACGAGGUGCUAUCCGAUGGCCAGGAACGUGCCUGGUACGAUAACCAUCGCGAGCAAAUUCUUCGCGGCAAGAACUCCGAAUACUCGGAGAACUGCCUGGAUGUCUUUCAGUUCUUCACCGGCUCUUGCUACAAGGGCUAUGGCAAUGAUACGAAGGGUUUUUAUAGCGUAUACCGCGAUGUUUUCAACAAAAUUGCCUCUGAGGACAUGGAGUUCAUGGACAACGAUGACGAACUGAGCGCACCACAGUUCGGCAAUGCGGACAGCAGCUACGAGGAGGUGGUGGGUCCCUUCUACGGAUACUGGCUGUCGUAUAGUACAAAGAAGACCUACGAAUGGCUCUGUCCGUACGAUGUCCGGGAGAUAAAGGAGCGUUUCAUAUUGCGCAAGGUGGAUAAGGAAAUGAAGAAGAUUGUGCAGAAUGCGCGCAGAGAGCGCAACGAAGAGGUGCGCAACUUGGUGUCGUUCGUGCGCAAGCGAGAUCGCCGCGUGCAGGCCUACAGACGAGUGCUGGAGGAGCGCGCCGAGGCCAAUCGCUUGAAGCAGGAGGAGAAGCGCAAGGAGCAGCUGCGCCAGCGACAAGAACAGCUGGCUGCAGUCCGGGCCAACAAGGUGGACAAUGAUGGGUACGAGGAGCAGCUCAGGCAGUUGGAGCAACAAUAUGGCAGCGAAUCGGAUGAGUACACGGAUGAUGAAGAGGACGAGGAUGAUGAAGAUGAGGAUGAGGAAACGGACGCUGAAGCGGCAGCAGCAGACAGUGAAAACAAUUUGAGUGAGCAGGAGGAAGUGGAAUAUGUGGACGAUCUGUAUUGCGUGGCAUGCAACAAGUCUUUUAAAAAUGCCAAAGCGCGCGCCAAUCAUGAGGAGAGUAAAAAGCAUCGCGACAAUGUGGAACGCUUGUGUCAGCAAAUGAAGGCUGAGGAGCACGAAUUCAACGAUCUCAGCGAAGAGCUCAAUGCGAUAGAGGAAAGCGUUCGCGACUUGCAACUCAAUGGCAGCCACAGUGACUCUGCGGAGCUGGCGAGCGACGGGGCUGCCGAGCUACAAACGAGCAGCAAGCGCAACAAGAAAAACAAGAAAUCAAAAAAAGCCGCAACCAAGGCAUGCGUAGCAAGCGGGCAUGACGACGACGACGAGGAGGAGGUUGUGCCACCUGUAGAUUUCACUGCGGCGCCGAGCAACAGCGAUGACGACGACGACGACGAUUGGAGUCGCAGCAAAAAGUCAGCCAAAAAGACCAAGAGCAAAAAGUCAACAACAAGCAACAGCAAGCAAAAAACCGAAGCGCCAGCUGAAACAAAGCCGGCGACCAAGUCGGCGCCGCCCAGAGGCGACAUGGACAUGGAUACGCCAGCCGUCGUGCAGCACAUGUGCGUCACGUGCAAGCUGGUGUUUGACUCCAAGAACAAACUGUUUGCGCAUCUGAAGAAGACCAAUCACGGCGUGUACAUACCCAAGGCCAAGCCGGAAGUGGAGGGUAAACCGCCGGGCAAAGGCAAGGGCAGGCGCAAGUGAGCGCUAGCUAAAGUUUGGCUGUUCCAGCUGCAGGUGGAGUUAGUAGCUGCUUGUAGAAAUUUUAGUUGUUUAUUUAUGCUAAUGUUAACAAGUUAAAUUCGAAAUU